CAGACAGAGACUGUUUUCAGAGAGGAAAAUCCCAAAGAAACAUACUAAUCUGAUAAAUGGGAGAAAAGGUAAAGCUGAAACAAAGUACAAGUAAACCUUUAAAAGAUAAUGGAAAGAGAGAACAAAAUCUUCUUUUCAAGCUUCAGCCACCACUGAACAGGGAAAUGAACAUGGUGGCAUGCAGGUACCUUCUCUACAUACUCCUUACCUCUGUGCAGCGACUGCAGAUCUGAAAGGCAGGGUUCAGAGCAGGCACGCACAAGCGGAAUAAGCAAAUGUGGCCAGAACAGAACCUGGUCUGCAUGGCAGCCACAGUAAUUAAUGGCCAACUUUGCAGGACCAUAGGCUUGAACAGAACAGCCUGGCCUUCAAGCCAAGCUGUCUCCAACAAUGACCUGAUAUAGCUGAACUCAAUCUCAAAAGCAUUUUUCCUCCCCCCACCCCAGUUUCGCUAGCAAGUGAUCCCAGCUCCUGCUUGCUCUGGAGAGUGGGAAUUCCUCUUUUAUUCCUGGUCUGGAAAGGGUGCUGUGCUUUUGCAAAUGUGGAGGCAAGGACCUGGCUGUCCUGGUUCCAGGGGCGAUCGAUAGCUAUCGGUGCACCCUAGUUGUGCCGGUUGGUGUUGGUGCCUGAGGCCAGCUUGCCCUGCCCCACAGCAACACUAUCCACAUGUCCCCGCAGCAACAGCAGCAGCAGCAGUGAUAGUCCUGCUUGCCCAGAGACCUCUUGGUUCCCUGAGGCAGGAGGCAGAGCCCAUGCCAUAAGAAGCAUUUGCUUUCUGAACUCCUCAUACGGUAGUCACGCUUUAAAACGGGACAGCAAUACAAACGUGUUUAUAUAAAACACUAACACAGCAGCUGUUGCUAGUAGCAACAAUAUGGCAAUCACCGGCUAAUAUGGAGAUGUUUGUUUCAAAUUUAUCAUCUUGAUUUUGAUGGGUUGCCAAAACUUCACAGAAGAACAUUUUAUUUUGCUGUGCGUGGAUGUGCAUGCGCAAGGACAGGGCAUGACAGCAAAUAACUCUCCCAAAAGUACAGGGUCAAAUUUGCGCAGGGGAGUUUAACUGUAGCCAGCAGAGUUGUGCUUGGAAGGAUUUUCUUUGUCUGAUGCUCCUUUUGCCUGGAGGAUGGAGUCCAGGUGUAUGGUCAUAAAUGCUCCCAUUCAUGGUUAAUUUAGUGGUGAUGAUCUGGUUACAGGUAGUUCUACUUAUUACUUAGGAAGCAGGUACAACACAGGAGUGACAAACUCACAAUGGCAUCACUAUGAUGAACAGUUUGGGGAUAUUCCCAUCAUGCCACUGGGGCUUGGAGGCGGCCAAUUGGAGGUGAACAAUGGGGAAAUUCCAGCUACUCCUGGUUGUUCCUCCUGGGCGUCUAUGGUGACAGCCAUGUUCAUGGCCAUGGGCGCUUUCUUAUGCCUGGAACAGCUCCUGCUCUACCAGGGGAGUUGUAAGGUCUUGCCACUCCUGAACCUGGCUUUCUUCUCUAGUUUUUGUAUCAAAGGGGCACAUACAAAAUGAAACCCAAAACUACACCUGGGCCAAGUUUUCUUGGUCUUAUUUCAGGCUGCCUCCUAAGCCAUUGGCAGUCUGCAGAUCACCUUUUGUGUGAAAGUGAGAUGACUUACUUAUGCCUGAAAAGGCAAGUUAGAAUUCAAUGUGAAAUCCAGGUUAUCUCUGGUUUCCACUGAUUCUCACUUUCAGAUCUGAGAUAAUUUUGAACCUGAAAUUCAAAGCAAAAGAGAAGGUGUAAAAGCAGAAGAAAUACAAGCCUACAUCAACCAAAAUCAGGAAGAAAACAUUUGUAUUAAUCCUGAAAAGCAAAGCCAAGAUGCACACCUUUCUGGAUUCAGUAAGAAAUUCAGUAAAAAAAGUAAUCUAUCCCUGAGAACUUGGAAGAAAAGCACCAUCUCAGUUCCUGAUUUGUGAAUGGAGAACAUAAAGAAGCAAAAUAAGUGAGAAACCUGCUGGAGUAACAAAAAAAGCCAGUAGCAUCUCACUUUUCAAUACUAUUUGAGUUCCUUCAACCAGAAAUCUUGAAAAGAAUAGAAUUCAGACUUAAUUACAUACAUUCUCUACUAUCUGGUUGUUUAUUGUAAGAAAGCAGAGAUUUAGAUCUGCAUCAGUCAGAAAUGAUGGGCAACUUCGAUUCCCGAGUGCCUUUGAGCUGGCCACCUCAGGGAGCCCAAGGAAGGAGUGAUUCCCAAGCACCGCCAAGCUGCAACAGCAACCUGAGUUCAGGCACAGCUGAACACCAGCACAGACCCUUUGGGAAAAUGGCCUAUAUGCACCCACCCUCCACAGCUAAAAAACUACCCAUCGAAAACAGCCACCUGAUGAUGAGUAAAAAACUCCAGAGCUGCCAACUGAGUGUUGGAGGGGCACCCAUGAAAGAAUAAAGAAACCAUCCUGCAAAUGCAACCAAAAGGGUGUUAUGGGAAGGGCACAGAUUACACUUUGGGAUGUAUUUAUGGUAUUAUUUUUGAUUUGUAACUUUUUCCUAUGCAAUAGUAAUCCAGUGUGUAGAAAGGUGGUGCAAUCUAACUCACAUUGCAGUCUAACCUGGAUAUCUAUUUAAGGAUAGAAAUUGGCUGAACAGAGCUGUGAAACACUGUGUGGGCUUCACUUUCCAAAGGCAGGGUUAGCAUGACCUGACUAAAACUGCAGUAGUUCAGCACCAGCUGGGUUGAUGGAUCUCACUCUGAACUGUUACAAGUAGGAGGUAGGGACUGGUCUGAUGAAAAUUCAGGCAACCCUCUUUUCUGUGAUCAAACCCUAAACUGGGCCUAUGCAAUCCACAACACCUCUGGAGAGUAGUAAAUAAUCCGAGCUGCCUUCAGUAGCCAUGUAGAAAUGCAACCUGUUCCCAGCAACCCACAUGCCACCCUGUUCUUGGAAUCCAUGGACAGACAGUGCAGAGGUCUCCUUUCCAAAAAAAAAAUACCCAAACAACACAACAACCCUCUGACUUUGGUAGAACUGCUUUCCUUAUUUUCAUAAACAUUCCUAUUGUCCCCCAGCGAGGCUGCAGUUGUGCCAGUGAAGAAUCCAUUUUCCAUGCAGAGAGGCACUGAUGGAGGCUCUUUCUGUACUAUAUGAACACAAAAGAGUCACUGCUCCAGGCGUGUCCUACUGUCCCCUCCUCACAGCUGCACUCCUGCUGUGCCCUUGAUGGUACAACAACAGGGCAAAGGCGAGUUUCAGGAUUUAUUUUCGCUCCCUCAUUUGUAAGAGUCAGCAUGUUAAACAUUUGUAGUAGAAAUAAAAAAGUGAGCUGUGGCUGGGAUUUUCCCAUCUGUGGUUUGAUAAAUUCCAGCCACAGCAGAUUUGUUCUUUUGUUCUUUUGUUUACUAUCAGCUUCCAAUUCCUUUCUCCUCCCAAGUGAUGCUGCCCCUUCAUUGCUGGAGUCCUUCACUGAGCCACAGUGCAAGAGGAGAGAGGAGAAAACAGGAGAAAAUGCCUAGCUUGACUGUCACUCACACAAAGGCUCACGGGAGGUGAAGGAGUUCUGGCUGGACUCACUCCUUCGGCAAACAAAAGGACCAAAGGAAAGCAGAGUGUCCAGAGCCCCCCCGAUCAAACUCCUAAUGAAAGUGUUAAGCAGCUGUAAUACUUCAAAGACACUAAAUGCUGGGAACAUGGAGAGUCUGAUUGAGCGCCCGUCAGAAGCUGAUACCAAGAAAUGCCCCCCGCUGGUCCCAGCAGAUACUGAAGAUGGACUUUGCCACUCAACUGCACAUGGAACAAAGAAAAGAAAGAAGGUGAUACCACAGUCUUUUACUCUGAGACGAAGCUCUGCCAGUGGGAAUUCUGCAGGGCAGCUCGACUCGGGUGCCAAAAUCGCUCUGUUUGGCCAGCCUCUGGCAAUUAUCUGUGGGGAAGAUGACACACUGCCGCAGCCCAUCCAGGAUCUCCUUGCUAUAUUGUAUAUGAAAGGACCUUCCACUGAAGGGAUAUUCAGAAAAGCUGCCAAUGAGAAAGCACGAAAGGAGUUGAAGGAGGACCUAAACAAAGGCGUGAAUGUUGACUUGAAAAGCAAAUCUGUGCACCUGCUGGCAGUGGUCUUGAAGGACUUCCUCCGAAAUAUUCCCUCCAAACUCCUGUCAGCCAACCUCUAUGAGAAGUGGAUACAAGCUCUGGAGAAGCCAAGCAAGGAGUUAAAAAUUGAAGAAUUGAAAGAGGUGGCUGACAAACUGCCUAGGCCAAACCUGGCCUUGCUCAAGCACUUGCUCUCUCUGCUCCACCACAUCAGCCAAAACGCUGAGACCAACAGGAUGGACUCCAGCAAUCUGGCCAUCUGCGUGGGCCCAAAUAUGCUGAGCCCUGACACAGACAACACGAUCCCGCUGGAAGUGCAGAAGGAGAUGAAUGACAAGGUGACAGGGUUGGUGGAGUUCCUCAUAAACAACUGCUCAGAAAUAUUUGGGGAGGACACUGCCUUGACUGUCUGCGCCUCAGUUGAGUCACUGGAGCACACAGACAGCUCCACAGAAUACCUAUGUGCUGCUCAUCAGAAUGACUCUGCCUAUGACAGCCCAGAUCCUGAAGCUGAAUGCAGCCCUAGUACCUCUCAGGUGGAGCAGCCCAAAGGGAGGAGCACUAGUGUGAGCAGAAGAUACCCAACACGUACCUCUGGCUCUUCACUGACUAAUUUCAGAGAUGACAUCAGCACGAUGGACAGGAGGUACUCAGAGCCAGAUCUGUCCUUCCAGAACCGCCUUGAAGGCAGGAUAAGGAAUCAGAAGCUAAACAAAAGUGAGGACAGUUUUCCAGUUCAGCAUAAACAGCUAGGUUUGGAGGCACUGGAGAAACAGCUUGCAACCUUACCUUCGCAAUUAUCAACUGACUCUCUACCCAAAACAUCCUCCAGUUGCUCCCUGGAGAGCUCUGAUGGCUCAGUCUUCACGAGCUCCCCAGUAGUUUCACCCUCUAGUCCCAAAAAAACCUUUUUAAACAGGCCCCAGUCCUUUUCCACCAAGGCCACUGAAGACUGCAGUACGCCUAGCAGAGAGAUCAAAAAGCAUUCCAUGUCAUUCUCUUUUGCAAACCGCAGGAAAACACUAAUAAAAACCCAGAGUUGGGGGCCUGGAAAAAACAUGUUUUUUCAGAAAGACGGUUUCACAAAGAAAGAAGAACAGUUCUCCUGCAGGGUUGUCCAGGAGAACAGCCCUGAUGAUGACAAACCAUUGCCUGUGGAGCAUCAGCCAAGGCCCCGUUUCAGGUCAGCUGAUGAAGUGUUCAGAGAGGUAGACCAGAGGAAUCCUGGAAGACCACCCUCUUAUGAAGAGGCUACUAAAAACUGCCUGGCCACUAAGGUUCCCUCCCACAAUCUUACGGUUCAAACUAUGAGAUUAAAAAUGUCAAACCAGGACACUUUGCUGCCUCAUCCAAGCAGCAGCUGUGCACAGGACACAGCAUGUAUGUCUUUCAGGGAUCUACCCAGUGCCAGAGUUUCCGCAGUGAAGAAUUCUGACAUGGAAACUGCAACCCUCAGCGUCACUGUGGGAAUAAACUCCCGUGUGAGUUUACCUGUGACCCCGGGAGUCUACCGAUUGAGAGCCAUGUCUGAAUCCUGUCAAAAGAACAAACUGGAGUAUGUGGCUCGGAGGUGCAGCCAGCCGGUUUUUGAGGUAGACCAGAUCCAGUAUGCCAAGGAAUCCUACGUUUAAAAAGCCUAUCCCUCCUCUUUGUACUGUACAAAGUAAAUACUGUAAAAACAGACAUCUUGCUUAUUCCUUGUAAGAUUUACUUUCAAGAGACCAAGAAUAAGCUAGCUCUGCAUGAACUUUUUUCUUUCCUUGAGGCUCUCUUGAAGUGUCUGUCAGCUUGACAUGUCACAUUCUUUCACCACAAGAGGUGGUGGUGGGGAAGACCUGUGUAUUAUGUAAAAAUGUAAGUGAAUAUGCUGUACAUAACCUGUUGUGUGGGAAAACUAGUUAUUAGUUCAUAGAGUGUUGUAUUUGUAUGCCUGAAAGGACAAUUAAAAGGUUGGUGGGUCCAAAACCUGUCCCACGAUCCUUUUCUUUUUUUUAUGGUCACAGACUCCAUGCCAUUUGUCAUGUGUGUGUGCCAGGCUGGUGCAAUGCUUUGCUGAUUAUCUGCAUUAAGAAGUGGGCUUCUGCAUUAAGAACUGGGGAAGAGCUGUUCUACCAUCAAAGCCACUUCAGCACUCUUCCAUAAACCCCCUGUACCUGCUGCAAUACCCUCUUCCUGCUUGCUGGUGAUGAGAAUGAUCUGACCACUAACCAGCACUAGCAUUGUAUACCAAGCCUGGGUUUAGAGGGUCAUUAUGGGGAUGUAUCAAGUAAACCCCAUGGGGCCUGAGGUGUGUUUCGUCUACAUAAACUGAACAGGCUAAGCAGGAAGAAAGAAAGAGCAUCUUCAGGUUUGGUUUUAUAAGCGGAAAAAAACCCCAAACAACAAAAACUCCUGUAAGGAAACAUUCUGGAUUCCAGCUUUAAAUAGUUAAAGCUACAGCUCAUUAAAAAAAAAAAAAAAAAAAAAAAAAAGGAAAAUAAGAGGUAGUGUCCUUAUAACCUUGUAAAAUUGACUGGAAGUGCAAUGUGUUUUUACAUGUAGGAACUUGUUUUGGCUAGCACUUAGCUGUCCUUUUAUGGCUCAGCACAGCCUUGAACCAGGAGCAGGGAGACUUUUGUUUUUCUCCUGUGGAACUUCACUACAAUAAAACAUUUUUAUGCAUGAAU